AUGAAGAAGGCGAAGGACCAACAAAACACACUGGACAUAAAGCCGAAUAUCACCUCUCAUGAUUCUCAAACCGAACAGCCGAACAAUGCCACGGAUACUCCUAUACCAGACUCAGGUUCUGUUUCAGCUUCGAGCAACGACAACAGAAAAGUGUCCCGUGAGGAUAUUGAACUUGUUCAGAAUUUGAUAGAACGGUGUUUACAGUUGUAUAUGAAUAAAGAUGAGGUGGUGAAGACCCUACUGACUCGUGCUAGAAUUGAUCCUGGAUUCACAACCUUAGUGUGGCAGAAAUUAGAGGAAGAAAAUGCUGACUUCUUCCGGGCCUACUACAUAAGGCUGAAAUUGAAGAGACAAAUUAUCUUAUUCAACCACUUGCUGGAGCAUCAAUUUCAUCUAAUGAAAUCUCCCGUGCCUCCAAAGGUUCCUCUAGCUCCCAUGCAGAACGGAAUUCACCCAAUGCCUGUCAACAACUUUCCAAUCGGAUACCCGGUUAUGCCACAUCAUCCGAUGCCUGCUGCUGGACAUCCUCAUAUGGACCCAAUGGGCUAUUCCACUUCCAGCUGUCAUAUUGUCAAUGGAGUACCUGCUCCUGGAAAUUUUCAUCCGAUUCGGAUGAAUUCUGGAAAUGAGAUGGUGAUUGAGAAUACUCGGGCAGAUGUAUCACCUAUUAUGCCCCCCCGAAACAACAAUGCAAUGUCGUCCAUGUCUGAUAUUCCUGUGAGCCCCACAUCAGUGGCAUCAAGUGGCCAUUUUCCAUUCAGUGCAUCAGAGAUAUCUGGCAUAGGGGUCGACAACUCGGCACUUGACACCGCUUUUACGUCUGAUGUGGCGAGUUCGGUAGGGCUGCAACUCCAACCCGAUAAUGGGGCCGGAAAUUCUCGAGAUUCCCUCAGAUCUUUGGCUCAGAUACCAUGGAAUUUUAGCCUUUCGGACUUAACAGCCGAUUUAUCCAAUUUGGGAGAUUUAGGAGCUCUUGGUAACUAUCCCGGUUCUCCAUUUUUACCAUCUGAUUCAGAUAUUCUACUUCGAUCUCCGGAACAAGAAGAUAUAGUGGAGGAGUUCUUUGUGGACUCUGAUUCUGUUCCCGAUCAAUGCCCACCGUCGGAUGAAGAAAAAUCCUAG